AUGUCGCAAUUCACGAGACAAAAAGCGAGCACUCCAGCGGAAAUCCAAUACGCUCGACGCUCAGCGGCGAUAGCUUCAGUGAGACAGAGACGUUCUUCUUCUUCAGCUGCGACGACGACGACGAUGAGGCCCACCGACUUCUUCGGCGACAUGGACGACCAGGGCUCCACCAUGGCCAUGGACGUCGACGACCUCGACCCCCUCGAGUACCUCGGCGGCGACGGCGUCAUCGGUGACAACAAGCUCACCGACCUCGACUUCUUCAACUCCUUCGAGGACGACUUCGACGAGUCCGACAUGACCGCCCCCGCCAACUAG